AUGGUAGGAGAAUUGACAGCAACAAAACCAAGUCGAAGCGACGAGGUUUUAGAUACCGAAGAACAAAUCAGAAUCACAAAUCAAAUCAAAGCUCAAUUCGACGCUUUAACUCCUAAACGACCCAUCAAACCCAACCGAAGCGAACCCGAACCACAAAACACCGUCAGCUCCACCACUCUCUCUUCGCAGAAUAUACCGGAGCUUGAAAAACUUCAAUCUCUUCAAUCUAACUCGCAGGUUUUUCCUUCUUCGCAUGGAGUAGUGGAUGGCCAAGAUGAAUUUGUGGAAACUCAUUAUUACAAGGAGUUGUUGUCGAUUGAUAAACAGCAUCACGCGACAGGAAGUGGGUUUAUAAAAGUGGUUAGAGAAGAUGAAAGUGGAUAUGAGAUUCAGUUACCUGUAAACCAUGUUGUUGUCGGUGAAACACAAAUUAAAGGGUAUAAAAGUAACCCUGCCACAAAUGACUGGGUUCCCAACCUUGAUCAACAUAAUCAGGAUUUCAUGUCGUCGAAGCCGAACAGGAGCGAGAGCACCUAG